AUGCCACAGCCUGUGAACGUUGACAAGACACGUACUUGUCGUUACUGGGCGUUGGGCCCAGCAUGCCCCAACAUCGACGCGUUUGGGACCAUUACGUGCUCAUAUGCUCACUGGGACACCGGUCGACUAGCCAGUCAUCACCAGCAACGUGGUACCUGCAUUCCUUGGAAAUACUAUGGUUACUGUGGUCGGGGAGUCGGUUGCUGGUACGAGCAUCGGGAUACUGGGGUCGACGGUUUGUUCCAAGGAACGAUCGAUCUGAAUGGGAUUGAACUCGAAAUCGCCGAUGCAGCUUCCAAAGCAGGAUUUGACACUUUCAACCACGAAGCUUUAUUCGACCUGAUCUGGGCCGUCAAGCGUGUAGCAUUGAAAACAAGUGCUGCUCAAUUGGCGCCUCCUUUCCUUCCUCGAACUUCCAUAUAUCCCGACAGGUAUCGCCCACGACGGUUCGGAAAAAAAUCGAGAAAGAAGAGCAAGACAAAAGCCUUCAGACAACCCCCAAACCUCAAUGUCGAGCUCAAGUUCCAUCCUGUAAAGCCUCUGAUGCGAAAACGUCCACACACGGAUGUCAAAGAGGAAGACCUCAUAGACUUCACGGCCGCUUCCGAUACUGUGAGACGUCCGCUACAGCCAACCUCACACCGUGUUUCGGUCAAGAGACAAAAGAUCCUCAAACAUGAAAGUAUGCCCAAGGGUGGAUUACAACCAACAUCAACCAUGAAACCACCCAGUUCAGCCUACUCAAUAUCUACGGGGGCUAGCAGAGAACCACAAGCAACACUUGCUUCUUCCCAAACAGCUAUCCCUAAUCCAGGUUUUGAGGUCGCCCCUCCUCUCGCACCAGAGACAGAAAUCACAAAUCAGCUGAACCAAGUCAAAGCAAAGCUUGAUGAUGCCAGGAUGAACAUGAACCACUGUCAGUCAGCUAUGAAGGAAUUGUUCGAUGUCCAUUGCCACCGAUUCGACAAUAACCAGAUCAUGGCAAGCUUACAAAAGCUAAGCGACUGUAUGAACAAGAUAUAUGAUGGGAGCAAGGCAGGUGCUGGCGAGAUCGAGGCAGUUGUCGACCUCGUCAAUGGUAGAGAGCUGAUCUGA